AUGGGUGGAGCGAUACGUCCGAUUAAAAAUACUAUUGGAAUACCAGAAAGAGUCAGUACGAUGUUGACAACAGUUGAUCAAACGGUUAUUAGUCUUCGACAUGACGCAUCUGCUGUAAUGAUGAACGUGUCUAACGAGUCCGUUGAAAGUCUUCGCCGAGUCACUCAUCAAAUCGAACACUCAACAUUCUUGCUAACUAAUGGCCUCUACGCAGUCCUAGCAGCCAUCGCAUUCAGUCUUCUGCUUCUCACGAAUUCCUCUUCACUGCUUCGUUACAUUGUGGGAAUUAUGUUUGUCAUUCUUUGUGCAUACAUGUUAUUAACCUAUAUUGAACAUUCUCCGUCUGGAUCACAAUUGUUCUCUGAACAGCAGCAGCAAGAAGGUAAGAAGAGUUGUUUUACACAUGUCUUCCACAACAUAUGA